AUGGUCCUCGCCUGGGAUGCCCGGGCUCGCACUCAGUACCCCAUUCAGACUAUGCAUGAGGCGAAGGAUAGUGUCAGUUGCAUCGCCGUUCGCCGCUGGCAGAUUCUCACGGGCUCUAUCGACCGAUGUGUCCGUAUCUACGAUAUUCGCAAAGGUGAAAUGCUGGAGGACUACAUCGGUUAUCCGGUAACCUCCGUGGGCAUAUCCUUCGACGGCCAGUGCGUCCUCGUGGCCUCCCAGGACUCUACUAUACGUCUCAUGGAUGCUAUGAACGGAGAGCUGUUGAGCAAUGACGGUUUUAUUGCUGACAACUCAGCCAAGGUCAACCCGCGACAUGAGCACUUCAAAAACUUCAACUUCGAUGAUAAACCCAUCACGUCCUCGCUUUCCUCUGCAAAAAAAAUUUUAUUUCUCUACAGUCUAUGCAUUAUCAUGUGA